UAUUGCUCAUGUUCAUAACGCUGUCUGUUAAUGAGACAGACCCUCUGUCAACACAAACGCAUGUGCAUUUCAAUAUGAGGGGUGUUUUAACAAGCGUUGCUUCAUACUGGUUAUUUGUGUUGAUGAACUCCAGCAGGGGGUUGCUUAAACAUUAACCAGCAAACGGUUGCUGCGCGACUUUCAUUAAUGUGUAACAAACCGCGCAGUUCAUCAGGCUUUCUGCAGCUUCCAGGAGUCUUUAAAGCUCCAACAUCGAGCACAAGCGUGAUGCAGUCAUGCAGCUGCGUGACGUCACGAUUGAGCUGCACUGACAGCAGCCGGAUUUCAUGAAAACCUAAGCGACUAUUGCACCUGAUCCAUAGCAUGGGAUUAAGAGAAAGCAAAUAAAUGUGAUAGGUGAUGUGAGCCAUGUUAUGACAAUACUGCGACUGUAUGGGCUUCCUGCAAAUCUCUUAUCUCCUCCUAUGCCAAAAACUUAGAGUGCAUUGGCUCAUGUACAUUUCUCUAGAUUUGAGAGGGAGAAAGAAUGUGUGUGUGUGUGUGUGUGUGUGUGUGUGUGUGUGUGUGUGUGUGUGUGUGUGUGUGUCUUUCUUUAUCAAAGAAAAAUAGAGCUGUGAAUUGCAAAUUUAAUUAGAAAAAAUGUGUUCACAUUGUUUUCAGUGGGAAGUGUGUAAGUGUAAGAGGAGACACAAUGUGUGAUUCAGUAACAAAAUGCAAUUCUCGGAUUAAUAGCAGCAGAUGUUUUGGGAGAACAUCUAAAGUUGACUAAAUGAUGCAACACAAAAAAACUGUUUUUUAGUGUUUAAUUUUUUAUUUUUUAUUGCAGCUAAAGGGGUUAACUGUUGAGCAUGAUCAUAUUGGACUGUUAAUUGACCUUGUAUUUUUUUAAAUAAUCAAGCAAAAUAAAUGAACGUUCUUUAUGUUUCAUGUGUGCAUGUCCAUUUUCAGGAAGAGGCAUAGGUGUGUAACAGGUCCUAUCAGUAUCUGUUUUAAGGGUUCCUCUUGUGUAACUCUGCAGCUAUCUCUGGUAUGAGAAUAUGAGUAAAGUUAGAUUUGCAUGGUGUUUUUCUUUGGCUCAGGUUUGUGCUGACACUUUUGGUCAUGAUGCAUUAAACUUACAAGAGAGAGUUUCCCUUCUGUUUAAUAGGCUUUCAUCUCCUCUAAAUCGUUUUCUUUCUUGUGCUGAUUAAUAUGAUGUCAUGCCCCUUGUUAUAAGGAUCGGCUCAAACUAUUUUAGAUUUUUUUUUAAUUUCAACAUUCGAUUCAAAUUUGUCACCCAUAUUGCACAUGUAAUUAAUCCAUUUAAUAGCAUCAUGAAUUGUUUUGAAAUUGUGACAUACGCAUGAUGGAGACACUUUUGACUGAAGUUUGCUGCUCGAAUGAUAAAUAAGUAGUGUCAUCACAAACAAACUUAGAAGUAAAAAUAGAGUUCACAUCAUUAACAUUACCAAAGCUGAACACUUUCACCUGAGGUUGUUUUUCAAAUGCAAACUUUUGACGUUGUUUCCUUUUUUUAUAUGUAUAAACAUGUUACAUAUUUCAUUACUUUUCCAUGUUUGCAUCCUCUGAGGUUAAAUCAGGAAGUAAUGUGUUUAGAAAAACAGUGAAAGCACCUAUUUGUGACUCAGGGGGGAAAACUAUCUCUUCAGAGACAGUGAUUGAUUUUGUCUAACUUGCCAGAUAGCAUUAGUGUUUGCAGCUCUUACGCAGCAAGUGGCAUACCGAGGCCCCAGCCCAGCUUAGAUGUUUGCCCUCCUUCUGUGCACUUUAAGUGUUGUCAGUUUCCCUUCUUGAGUCACGGAGUAACUUUCAAGCCUCCAGACAUGCAUGUCUCCAACUGAAAAUAGCUCAAACCACAGGGUUUGAUCUCUGGAGCGGGGGCUUACUUUCUCCCCUCAUCUGACUCCCGAAACAGGCAGCAAGUUUAACGCUAAAAAUCUCAGAGUACUCCUGGGCUGAACAUUAAGAGGAAGACUGGGCAACGGAGCUUGCUGCCUAGUUGCACAGAUUUCUGUCAGCUUGAACACAUAACCUGGCUUGCUACUUAAUGCCUGCACCUAUGGCUCAGAGGUCUGGAGGUGGGAGGCAGACAGAGCUGAGAGUGGGAGGUAGCAGACCCCAUUACAACAUGACUGUGUGAUUUUAAGACCAGGCUAGAGGAAGAGUUCUUCAACAUGAAUACAGACAGUGGAGGACAAGCUCCCAAGAGCACCAGGCUCUCACUCACACUAACCCCCAUGAAGAGAGUCCAGAGUUCCCCAAACCUUUAUGGGCUCACAGGCACAGAAUCUCCAGUGACAGAUACAGAAAUGUGGUGGCCCUACACUACUGGAGAUACUUUACGAAAUGGCAACCUGGCCACUUCCUCUUUGGCGGCUAAAGGAUUCAGAAGUGUUAGGCCCAACUUGCAGGAUAAGAAAUCGCCCACACCGGGCCUCGCUCCACACAGAGAGAACUCUCAGCUGCAUCCUGCUGACUGUAAUACAGGAACAUUUAGCCUCAAUAAUUAUCCCACACAGUGCCAUGAUGGCCCACUGCUCAUAACACACAACUCAUUCUCCAGGGAAGUAAUGUCUGCAAGCUCAGAGCAGAGCUCCAGAGGCAACCGAUUUUCUGACUUCAACACCACUGACUCUAAACAGCCUCUCAGCUUUAGCAGUUUCCCCAGUGUAUGUGGCCCUGAGAAACCUAGAAUCCUUCCAUCGCCUUUAGAUCACCUUAACUCGCACUCCCCAGUUAGGCAGAAUAAGAGACAUGUAGCCUCUCUGUCCAUAUGCAUCACACCACGGCACCAGACAGAAGCCAGUUACACACAGACUCUGUCUCUCAACUCCCACACUCCACCCAAAAGGAAGGACCCUCUGGAUUCCAGAACAGUCUUUCACCCUUCACUGCCCCCUGCAGUUCAACAAGUGGCCUACCCAGGACCACCAGUUGCCUCCUGGUCAUCCACUAACAGGCCACACUUCUCCACUGACUACAUCUCCUCUAGUACCUCUGACUCCUAUUUACAUCCUCUUUCCCAUGGGCUUACCUAUUCCAACUUGGAUCCAUAUCCACCUCUAAGUGGCUCCUCUUCUCGUGCUCAGAGUCUGUCUUCCAUGGCCAUGCUGGAGGAGCUGAGAACAUGUGGAAUAGAUUCAGAAGGAGGUUCUGAGACUCCUUCACCCACCCACUACCAGAUGAGCAGUUCUACUGACAACAUGGCGUUAAACAUCCUUACAACUAGCACUGCAAAUGGCCAAAUGACUGUAAAUGGAAGUGUUGGUGUGACUACAGGCCUAAAGAGUCACCUCCAACGACCCUUCUCCCCUUCCAUGUAUCCUCCGCUUCCCUCCUUCAGCUCUAGCCUCACAUCCAUGCAGCAGGGCCGGAGCACUCCUUCCGAAUCUGUUUCUCCAGUCUAUUCAGCUGUGGGUUCAGUGACUUCUAUGCAUGCACCAGAUGAUGAAAAGAGAGGUACAGCAGAAAAAGCUCCCCAUUACUCAGGCAUUGGCCCUAUAGAUGAGUUUGGAAUUCCCACCGCUACCAGGACUACUGUGGACAGGCCAAAAGACUGGUACAAGACUAUGUUCAAGCAGAUUCACGUGGUGCAGAAACCAGAGUUUGAAUAUUCUGGUUCUUGUACUACUGCUCAGACUGCUACAAAUGAUGAGAAGCACAGUACAACUUUUAAUGUCCAUGCACACCCUGCACCUAAGAGCAGUACAUACAGACCCAUAACCAAGAGCAUCUCUGAUAAUGGCACAUGUGGAUUCAGAACAUCCAGCUCAUCUUCUCUUCCGACUUCCUCAUCAGCUCAGCCAAUGUCUCACAAUCAUAAUAUCCACCAAAGUGGCAGCAGCACUCCAGACAUGAAUCAGUGGGGUCCUCCAGAUAGAAAAGUGGAUACCCGCAAAUACAGAGCAGAGCCCAGGAGUAUCUUCGAUUAUGAGCCAGGGAAGUCCUCUAUUCUAGAUCAAGAGAAAGCAAAGAGUAACUUAACACCAGAAGAGCUAGCUUUAGAGAAUGAGCCCUGGUAUAAGUUCUUUGCAGAGCUGGAGUUUGGAAAGCCGCCUCCUAAAAAACACCUGGAUUAUGAUCCAGAGAGUGCUCUCCGAAUCCGUAAUGAGACCUUUCUUUAUCAGCCGUCUGCUGACAGAAGCUUUGAUCGGCCCUCAAGUUCUGCCAGUGAUAAUAGGACAAGAAGGAAGUCAGAGCCAACAGCCCCCCAGCCCCAGCCACAAACCUCACUAAGCUCUGCCCAGAGCAUUGGAAAACCAUCACAGAUUCAUGCUGCUCACCUUCCUGAACCAACCAGGACGAGCAAUACCCAGAAAAGGCCCUUAAACACCCCUUCCACUUCCUCUUUGUCCAGGUCAAAAGGUUGGGAUAUUAGCACACAGCACUCAGCACAUUUAAAUGGUCAAAAUCCGUGCCAUGAUACCUCAUUUGAAGUUCUUGCAUCAUAUGGAAAUAACGACCAAAAUAAGGGCUAUUUCAUUCAAAAUUCAAACAGUGAUACCUCACAUGUAGCCACAGUAGCCACAUUUCUAAAUGAUGACCAAAAUGGAGACACAAUCAUUCCAUCUCCCUCAGAGAACUUAAAAAAUGGCUGGCAAUCAGACCAAGAGAGUCUGGAACUUUCUCCUAAGCCCCGAUCCUGGAGCUGUGAUGAUCUCCUCAGUGAGAGUCAGGAUAAAGAAAUGAGAAAAUGGCCUGAAGGCAUCAUCUCUGUGAUGCAGAAGGCAGAACAAAAUGGUUUUUUCCACAGUGACAAUAAGAAUUCUGAGGAAUGCAGCGAGCGCAGUCGGCACACUUCAGCCCAUACUGCACCAGGUUUCCUCAAAAUGUACAAGAAGAUGCACCACAUCAACCGGCAAGAGCUUAGCAAUACACACGUUUGCUCUGUCAAAGCCAGGAUUCAUAAUUAUGAGAGUGAGCAAGAUAAAGCCCAUUGCUUAGGAAACAAUGGUUCCAGUAAUGAGAUACCUCAUGAUAUGGUGCACAACAGGAUUUCUGAAUUUGAGAGUUUAAUCCAAAAAUCCAAAUCUAUGCCAAACCUAAAGAGUGAUUGCCAGAACACAGGCAUGCCAAGGAUUAUUACCAACCAAAAUCGCAGCUACUCCAUUGAGUCUUUGCUGGAUGAAGAGCCACCAAUCAGAAAGCCUCCAGAGAGACAGCCACAGUACCACAAGAUUCUUGCUAAUGUUCCAAUUCACAUCCAAGUGGCCAACAACCGCAUAAAAUGCCCUACUGUCCAGCAAGAUUUCUCAGACAGUGAUCAUGAUGCUUUUGUGUCUGAUGUUGGUGACUUUAUACAGAUUGAGAGAUCAUCCAACUGCAGUGAGAGUGACUUUGACCACUGUUCCUUUACAUCCUCUGAUAGCUUCUGUGGCUCCAGUCAUCAUCAUCGCUACAAUAGGCAGCUGAUCAGCUCAUGCAAAGGCAUGUGCCCUGCCACCUUAACACGCUUUACUACUAUGAUCAAACAUGAGCGGGCCAAAAUAGACCGAAAGCAUCAAUUACAUGUGAAUGAGUCUGAUAUUGGCCUUAGCAAGCUGGCCUUUCUGGUCAGCCCAGUGCCUUUUUGCAGAAAAAAGAACUCCCAUAUACCAAAAGCUAAGAAGUGCAUGUACAGAGCUCUUGACUCAGCCCUAAAGGACAUAUAUGAACAUAUUUGCACUGAAAAACAAAGGGGCAGCCUUCCAGAAAACAGCAUUCUCCACAGACUUCUGACAGAGUUGAUACCUGAAAUUCCCGAAAGGAAGUCUUCUAUUCAGGCUCUGGAACAAUCUAGUCCAGACCAGCUUUCCUCUUUUCAUGAUCUGCCUGAUGACAUGUACAUUGAGGACCAGUCAGACUACUCCUAUCUGGCCUGCAGUGCCUCCUGCAACCACAUAGACAACAACCAGAAGAACCAUAAUACGUCAAGAUGCUGUCAAGACAAAGACACAUCCAGGGGUUAUUCCUAUCCUGAUAUAGGCAGACAAACUCCACAGAGCAGGAGGCCCACACCUGAAGUCAGAGAGAAACUGCCAGCCAGAGCAAUAUACGAUUUCAAGGCACUGACAGCAAAAGAGCUUUCAUUCAAUAAAGGGGAUAUUGUAUACAUCACACGGCAGAUAGAUAAUAACUGGUAUGAAGGAGAACACCAUGGGAAAGUGGGCAUCUUUCCUAUCUCUUAUGUUGAGAAAAUUUCUCCAUCAGACAGACGCCAGCCUGUAAGGCCUCCUCCUCCCACCGAGACUGCAGAGAUUGGAGAAGCAGUGGCUCGCUACAACUUUAGUGCUGACACUAAUGUGGAGCUUUCCUUAAAAAAGGGUGAGCGUGUUAUCGUCCUGUGCCAAAUCGACCAGAACUGGUACUCAGGCAAGAUCCCUGGGACAAACAAACAGGGAAUCUUUCCGGUAUCUUAUGUGGACAUCAUCCAGAAAUCUACAAUAAAAAGUCCUAGCCAACCAUCAGGAGUCGCGCAUAGUUCCUUCAGUGAUCGAAUGCAUGGCAGGCCUUCAUCUGCACGUCUCACGGCCUGCUCUCCCACAUCCACUCCCCGUCAGCAAACAUCACCCUCACCCUUCCUCAGCUCCCAGAGAGCAGCUCAUCUGCAAGCAGUGACUGGCGAGUGGCUGGCCCUUACCCUCGGUCUAUCUCCCUCAGGCACUCCUGCCCCUACACCUCCCCCUUUACCCUCUAAUUUUCACCUAGAUUUUGAAAGACAGGACUCCCCUGCUGCCUCUGCGCUGGGCCCCUUCCCCCUCCUCAAAGAGGGUCACUUUGUUCCCAUCAGCUCUCCGAAAUCAUACAUGUCACCUGAGCCCAGUCCCUCACCUCAGGCCUACCUUACUUCAGCCUCCAUUACCCCAUCCCCCAUCUCUCCCACUUUUGAUUCUAGCCCCAAAUUUGGCAGUGUGAUAGAACUGAACACGAGUCCCAAUCCUGGUCUGCUUGGAAAAAAGCUAGAUUUUUCAGAUAACUGUGACUUUGAAAAGUUGGACUCACACAGAUCUGGCUGCCCAAUUGACCUGGUUGUUUAUGAGCCUGAUGAACAGCCCUCAUCCUCAAAGUUCCCCUUAUCCUUUAGAGAAACUGAGGAGGAUAUAUGUGAAGAGCUUGUGUCCAUCAUCCAGGCAAGCCAGGCAAAGUGUGCUGUUGUGGAGAGAGCAGAGUUUGAUAGGGAAGACCACACUGCUUCAGAGGAUCUACCAAAAUUGUUCAUAGAGGAGGAUCCGAGUGAAUACAGCAAGGCUUUUACAGACCACCAAUCAUCAAACACCUUCACUCCAGUCCGCCCGGUUUGUAGUGAGAUGUCAGAACAUGAGCAGGCUAAAGUUGCACAAAGUCCCCCUAUGUGUCCGUCAUCCAAUAUCUCUUCAAAGCCUUUGAGUUCCACGUCCCCCACAUCUCCCAUGUUCUCCUCCUCUACCCCUCGCUCCACCCCUCCACUCCCCGGGCUUUCUCAGUCUCCCACCCCUUCUUCUAGACAGCUUCGCUCCCCCAAGGUCAAGCCUGUGUUAAGGCAUGAUGUUGUGGUUAUCGGUAAGCCCCCCCGUAGCCCUGUGAUGUCUAGGAGGUCGUGUGGAUCGCCUGUUAGAGGGCAAAAUUAUCCGUCUCAUAGGUGUCCAGCACAGGAUUCUAUGGAAGGUGGUGGAGAACCUUUUCAGGCCCUGUAUACUUACAUGCCACGCAACGAGGAUGAGUUGGAGCUGAAAGAAGGAGACAUCGUAGAUGUAAUGGAGAAAUGUGAUGAUGGCUGGUUUGUGGGAACGUCCAGGAGGAGUAAGUUCUUUGGAACCUUCCCCGGAAACUACGUGAAGAGGCUUUAAGCUGAAGCUAAACUUCUCCCUGUGUUCUGUUCACUUCUGCUAAUAUGAAGCCACAUAGAGUAGAUGGAGAAAGUCACCUAUUUUUCAGCUUUAUUAUAUUACCAUCAGCCCAAUACUGCAUGAGAAAAUUGUGUGGAAACUAGUCUCAAUGGAGUGGAUUAUUACACUUUGUACAGAUAAAGGACGGGAAUCCCUCAAUUCUUAAGCAAUCAUAUGAAAACAUGGAAUUUCAUCAAAGA